AUGGCGCCCCGGUCAAUAUUCAUCGCAGUUCUUGCGACUUCCGGCCUCAGUUGCUGCCUGCCUCUGCAGACGGCCGCAGCUGAUGAUAUGGAGAAGUCCCUACAGCGCCCGGAAAUGUUGCCUUUUUUGCCUUUUCUGUGGAAAAAUGAGGGUCUGCUCUUCACCGACGUUCUCCUCCAAAAGCUGUUGCUCCCGUUCGGCCUUACUUCUCCCUACACCAAUUUUUUCCUUACCGAGGCAAUCCGAGAUAUUGUGAACGAUCUGGACUUUUCAGACGUGGAGGGCCGGCGACUCCGGGGGCGCCAGCUACAGUCAUCCGAGUCACCUAAGGAGGCCAUCCGUUCCUUCGCGAGAAGCUUGCAUGGCGCGCUUGGAGGCAACGUGUUCGAUUUGACGUUUGCCGAUCAACUGAUUGAUCAACUGCCUUCUUCCUUCUCUGAACAGCUAGCUAGUGUGACAGAGGCUUUCGGAGGUGAAAUAUUGCGGGUUCUCGCAGACGCAGAGAACCCCGCCUCAGUGAUUAUCCAGCAGCUGGUGGCUCCGUUCGAAGGAGAUGGGAUGCCCUUUCUUAUGGGAUCCGAACCAAUGCAGGCAGCUGGUGAUUCCCCACGGACCUUGCAGGAGGUGAAGACAAUCGACGGAGCGCCAACGGCGGAAGUUAACCGGGCGGACGAUGCUUCUGUCGAAAUGCUCAAGAUGAUUGAGGCGGCGCUUGGAGAAUUCGGCACUUCAUCUGCUGACAACAGUGUGGAAUCUGAACAAUCGGCCUCCUCUGUUGAAGAGAAUCUCGCAGCUCGUGUAGAUGUGGUGAACGUGGCACAUGAGAUCGGCCAGAAAUUUGGAGUUGCAGAGCUUUACGCGAAUCUCGCUGGUGCCUUCUGCGAUGAGUUCUUAAUCCCUGCUGGCUUGGUGAAAAAAGUUGCAGCCUUGAUUCUUGAAGCCAAAGCCGCUCUAGGGGAAGAAGACUUGAACCAGUGGAACCCCCUCAGCCUUCUUGUUGGCAUGAUUGGCUCGAAGAACGGCGAUCAAGCUGAGCUGCACGAACUGUUGGCGCUGGCUGAGAAACUUGCAGUGAAAGCUCUUCUUCUUGCGAAGAGUUCUGCCAAGGCUUUUACCACUGCUCUCCUCGUUCCCAAGGCACUCUCUGCGUUGGCUCUGAAAAGUUCUGACUUGUUGAAGCUCCCGACGCUAAUGGGAAAAGGGUUUGACGGCUUCGAUCUUCUGAAAAUCCCGCUCCUUCUUGGAGGCGUCAAGUUGCUGUAUCCAGAAGCUUGCCUCAAGAUUCUGGGUCAUGCCCUUCAGAUCGGAAACAGAGUUGGCAAGGGCCUCCUCUACUUGGCCGUGAGUAAGGCGGUGGUGCACACUAUUUUGGAUCCUCUGGGGUUGACGGAGAUUGUCGCGGAUUUAAUCGCGGCAAAGUUCGAAAAGGCUGGCGGAGACGCUGGGCCGUUUUCGGGGCCGGCGAGAACUGUGACAAUCGUGGAAGCACUACCCUCUGCUGAAGUCCAAAAUAUGGAUACGAAGGAAAAGAUUCUCGAUCUUGCUCGACAAGCAGGAGAGGUGACAGGGAAUGAGGAAUUAUAUGCAACAUUGAUGGGUUUCUUUGUCGAUAGCGUUCUGGAACCUCUUGAACUCACAGACGCUGUCGCGGAAUCUCUUUCUGACACUGCAGCAACAAUAUCUACUGCAGCUGGAGAUGUGAGCAUCACCAACGUCAUCGAAGAUCUUGUGGCCGCUGUGUAUACAUCCUAA